UUUAGGUUAAAAAUGGAUAACCAGACAUUCAGAUACAGCACACUUUUAAUGGAGGGACUACAAGUCGCAAAUCAGUACAGACAACUUGCAUUCAUCUUCAUUUUGAUUGCUUAUAUAUUUAUUAUGGUCUUUAACAUAGGACUUUUGAUUCAGAUUUCAUCAGAAAAAAGUUUACGCCAGCCUAUGUUCAUUCUCCUCUGCAACUUGCCACUGAAUGAUGUUUUUGGGACUACUCUUGUUUUGCCUCGGUUAUUGAGGAACAUUUUAUUAGAACCCUCUGAGCGCUACAUAACCUAUGUGGAGUGUGUUAUUCAGGCUUUUUUUAUACAUUUGUAUGGAACAACAUGUCACACUACUCUAAUGAUCAUGGCCUUUGACAGAUAUGUAGCCAUAUGCAAUCCACUGCGAUACCCAGCUGUAAUGACUACUAAUAUGGUGGUUCAACUGUCGGCAGCAGCCUGGGGUGUUGGGCUCGUGCUGGUGGGAAUAUUGAUCAGCCUUACUGUGCGUCUGUCUUUCUGCAGAUCUGUGAUUGAAAAUCUAUUUUGUGACAACGCUUCACUGUUUAAACUAUCCUGUGAAAGUACAGUGAUUAAUAAUAUAUAUGGAUUAUCUUUUACCGUAGUUUUACUCACAUCCUCUUUGGGAAGUAUUGCAUUAACAUAUCUUAGAAUAGCAAUAGUAUGUUUCAAAAGCAAAAACAAAGCAACCAACAGCAAAGCCAUAAAAACCUGCUGCACUCACCUGGCUGUUUAUUUAAUCAUGAUGAUUUCUGGACUCACCGGCAUUACUCUUCAUCGGUUCCCUGAAUUGUCUGACAGUAGGAAGUUAUCAAGCAUAAUAAAGCAUAUUAUUCCUCCAUGCCUGAAUCCCAUAAUAUAUGGUUUGCAAGUCAAGGAAAUAAGACAGAGACUAUUUAAACUUAUUUCCAAGAGUAAAGUUAACUUCAUGUGA